AUGCUUGAAGCUAGAGAAAGUGAGCUGGAGGUUAGGGAAAAGGUUUUGGAAUUACAGAAGGUGCUUGACUCGAAACAAAGAGAGCUUGAUUCUGCUCAAAAAAACAAGGAAAGUUGUUCUGGAAAACCUGAUUCAAUAAAUCCAAUCCCAACUUGGGGAAGGGCAAAGAAAAGAAGGAAAAGUGGAGACAAGGACGCAUAUGAGAAUGACUCUGAACAAUAUGCUAUCCUUGAUCUGGUUGGAUCAGAUUCUGGUGAUUCAGGUUAUUUAGGUUCAGCACAUGAUCUUGGCGAGGCAGGUUUAGGCUUGGCCAAUUCAAAUUCAGAUACUAGUAAUGAUAAGAUACAAAAAUCAUAUGCAAGGGUCUUGAAGGUGCGUGAUCCUAUUGUUCGCAAUGCAUGGCUCCAGCCCGUGGCACAUUUUCCAGGUGCAAUGUUGUAUAGGAAGAACACCAAAAGUGUCAAGUUACCUGCCAUAAAGCAGUCCUUAAUACAUCCUCGAAAGGAAGAGACGUGGGCCCUCUAUAAGGAUUGCAACCUUAGUUGCUGUGCUUCUAAUCCUGAAAAUCAUUUAUCUUGCCAGUAUGAGAUAGUUGAGAUUGUCCAGAGAAAUUCUUUUGACACUAGAGUUGCUUCCUUAGAUAAAUUGGAAGGAUAUGCAAGUUUAUAUCACAGAAGAUGCCACAAUAAGAAGGAUACUUUUUUGAUACAUGAUGAAGAGCUCUUUAAGUUUUCCCACAAAGUACGUUCUUUUGGGAUGAGCAGCCGAAAGAGCGAAGGUGUGUCGGAGGGAUCUUUUGAACUUGAUCCCAAGUCCCUUCCUGCAGUUUUUUCAUCAAAUUUGGAACAUCCAGGUGUUAAAGUUACUAAGUCCAUUUUCAUUGUGUUUAUGUGA